AUGUCCUUGUUAACUAAUUUGUCCUAUCACAAACGUCUAUUAAUCAUCUUUCUAUCUUUUUUAUUCAUUUAUUAUAACUUGUUAACUCAAACAAAAAACUCGGAGAUAAUCAAUCAAACAGCUAAACCUAUUCGUAUCUUGUAUCUCAUUCGAACAGCUGCACAUUUUUAUCGAAUACGUCUAAUUUAUCUUCUUCAAACAUGGAUAUCACUAGUCAAGGAUGACGUCUUUUUUACUUCGGAUUUACUUCUACCAAAUAUAUCUGAAACUCAUAUGAUUUUAACUAAAGAAGUAUGCGGAUCCGAAGCUCAUUCUAUGAAUAUUUUAUGCUGCAAAACGGCGCAUGACUUUAUUAUCUAUCAUCGUUAUUUAUCAAAGUAUGAUUGGUUUUGUCAUUUUGACGACGAUCAAUACGUGAAUGUCAAUAAACUAAAAGAAUAUUUGUCUACACUUGAUUCCAAUCAACCUUACUAUGUAGGACGUGCCUCAUGGUCUGAUACUAUUAAACGAUCGAAAGAACCAUUUCCAUAUCCAUUUUGGUUCGCUACGUUAGGUGCUGGUGUAUGUCUAUCGAAACAUUCAAUUAGUCUUCUCGAACCUUAUACACAAAGUGUAUCGGCUUUUAUUGAUGGUUGUAUAAAUGAAAAUUAUCAUGAUGAUAUCUAUUUAGCUUUUCUAUUAAAUGGUUAUUUAAAUAUAUCCUUAACACAAAAUAGUCAUUUUCAUUCUCAUCUUGAAAAAUCAUUUUAUCAUGAUAAACAAACAUUCCUUCGUACGUUUAAAAAUGAAAUAACAUUUGGUUUUGGUAAACCCGAUCGAUAUCCUCAUUUUCUUCCUCGACUUUAUCAAUCAAAUCUAGACCCGUAUCGUAUACGAACACUUCAUUGUCUUCUUAAUACACAAUUAAAAGAAUGUGAAAGAAAAAUUCAACAACAUCUUUUUAAUUCUACGAAAUAG